UCUACACUAGAAAGCAUUGAUUUCAGUGUUAACCAGUUCUCAGGUUCCUUCCCUUCUAUCAUCUUCAACUUGUCUUCAUUAUCAUAUAUUGAUUUAAGUGAAAAUAGAUUAUCUGGUGGACUCCCAGAAAAUGUUUUCAGUUAUCUUCCUAAUCUGGAAACGCUCUUUUUGUUUAACAAUGAGCUUGAUGGUGAAAUACCAACCACUUUAUCAGAGUGCAAAGAGCUGCAAUAUUUGGCCUUGUCCAAUAAAUUAUUUCACAGGAGCCAUACCAAAACAAAUUGGGAACUUGACUAAGAUGAAGACCAUAUAUCUCGGCGGUAACAAACUCCAAGGUAUGGAAGAUAAUGAAUUAUCUGGAAGGAUUGUACAUGGAAGAUAAUGAAUUAGCUGGUUCAAUCCCGCACAAUUUGUGGCUUACCUUGGCAGAUAAUCAAUUCACGGGAACUAUACCAGGAGAUAUUGGUAACUUAACAUCCGUUACAGUAGUAUAUCUUGGCUUCAACCACUUGACAGGUGAGAUACCAAAUGAAAUUGGUAAUCUUCCUAAUCUAGAACAAUUGAGGCUUAGCAGUAACAACUUUAUUGGUUCUGUCCCAACUGCAAUCUUCAACAUCUCAACAAUGAUAGAGCUUUCACUUGCUGAUAAUAAACUGUCGGGAGCUAUUCCACCGAUCAUAGAACUUACAAAUCUUGAGAGGUUAUUUUUGGGGCUUAACAAUUUCUCGGGGUCAAAUCCUAAAUUCAUCACUAAUGUUUCCAAGCUCUCUUCUCUAGAUAUAGGAUAUAACUCAUUCUCAGGCUUUAUUCCCAACAAUCUAGGAGAUUUAAGAAGCCUCCGAUGGCUGAAUUUAGCAAGUAAUUUCUUCAGAUCUUCUACUCCUGAUUUGGGUUUUCUAUCCUCUUUGAUGAAUUGCAAGAAUUUAAGAACACUAUUAGUAACGGAAAAUCCGUUAAAUGGCAAGCUUCCAAGUUCCAUAGGGAACCUUUCUACUUCUUUGGAAAUGAUUGGACUUGAUCAUUGCAACCUUAGUGGCAGCAUACCCCAAGAAAUCGGCCUUUUAAACAACUUGAUAAUCUUAUACUCCGAAGAUAAUGAAUUAAUUGGAUCAAUUCCAGUUACACUUGGUAGAUUGCAAAAACUCCAAGGCUUGUAUCUUCAGAAUAAUAAACUAGAAGGAUCUAUCCCACAGGAGCUUUGUCAUUUGGACAACUUAGUUGAGUUGUACUUGGAAAAUAAUAAACUUUCUGGGUCAAUUCGUGCAUGUUUGGGUGAUCUCACAACAGUAAGGAAACUAUUGUUAGGCUCCAACAGGUUAACUUCUGCCAUACCUUCAUCAUUGUGGAAACUUACCGACAUCUUGCAGUUUAACUUGUCAUCAAAUUUUUUGAAUGGACCUCUUUCGCCAAGCAUAAAAAAAUUGAGAGUUGCCAUAGAUAUAGAUUUAUCAAAGAAUGAAAUAUCAGGUGAGAUUCCGAGCACUAUUGGAGAAUUAAAAGAUCUACAAAAUCUCUCUUUAAGAUAUAACAGACUACAGGGUCCAAUUCUACAAUCAUUUGGUGGCAUGAAAAGUUUGGAAUUCUUGGAUUUAUCCAACAAUGAUCUCUCUGGAGUUAUUCCUAAAUCUUUGGAGGCUCUUGGGUACCUCAGAUCUCUAAACUUAUCAUUUAAUCAAUUAGAAGGAGAAAUUCCAACUGAAGGAUCAUUUAAAAAUUUCUCCGCUGAUUCAUUUUUGGGGAAUCUCGCAUUAUGUGGUGCAUCUCAUAUGCAUGUACCACCUUGCAAAACUACCACUCAUAGAAAAUCGAGGAAAGCUUCCACUCUCCUAUUGAUUAUUUUGCCAAUAAGUAUUGCAUUAACAAUAAUAGUCUUGGGUCUUAUAUUUGUGUUGAUCAGACGCCGGAAAAGGACUACAAGGCUGCCUAUUGAUGUUGGUAUGUCCCCCCAGGGAACAUGGAGAAGAAUUUCGCAACAAGAACUUGAGAGAGCUACAAAUGGAUUCAAUGAGAGCAACCUAAUUGGUAUAGGAAGUUUUGGUUCGGUUUAUAAUGGAAGAAUUCAAGACGGGAUGGAGGUUGCAAUAAAGGUGUUCCACCUACAACAUGAAAGGGCUUUUAAGAGUUUUGAUGAUGAAUGUGAAGUAUUGACUAGUAUUCGUCACCGAAAUCUUGUCAAAGUCAUCAGUACUUGCUCAAAUGAAAAUUUUAAGGCGUUGGUGCUAGAGUACAUGCCCAAUGGGAACCUGGAGAAGUGUUUGUGUUCUGACAACUUUUUUCUUGACAUUUCACAAAGGUUGAACAUAAUGAUAGAUGUUGCAUCAGCUUUGGAAUAUCUCCACUUUGAUUGUUCAAUCCCUGUAAUCCACUGUGACUUAAAGCCCAGCAACAUAUUGCUAGAUGAAAAUAUGGUCACACAUUUGAGUGAUUUUGGCAUUUCAAAACUCUUAAGCGAAGAUGAGUCCAUGACACAAACACGAACCCUUGCCACCAUCGGCUACAUGGCACCAGAGUACGGAAGAAAAGGACUAGUUUCUGGAAAAGGUGAUGUUUAUAGCUAUGGGAUUGUGCUGAUGGAAACAUUUACUGGGAAGAAGCCAACAGAUGAAAUUUUUGCUGAGGAAAGGAGCUUAAAGCAGUUGGUUAGUGAGUCGUUACAAAGUUCAGUAAUGGAAGUUGUGGACAAGAAUUUGUUAUGAAGGGAGGAUGAACAUUUCGCUGUGAAGGAGCAAUGUGUGUCAUCUAUCUUGAGUUUGGCUAUGGAGUGUACAGAAGAGUCACCUGAGAAAAGGAUCAACACAAGACUGAUAGUUCCUAGACUCUUGAAAAUUCGAGACACAUUACUUGCCAAUCUUGCAAUGGUAAAAGGUAGAAGGGGAUCGAAUUUAAAUUAAAUUUCUUUACUUUUUGUUGGUAAUGGGAUUUUAUCUUGUAAAUUCAUCUACUUCAAUGGUAGAGUGUAAUAUCACAGUUUUCCGUAAUCAAUAAAUACAUGAGAAAAAAGAUGUUGUUUCAUUGGAAACGGUC